AUGGACCAAUUCAGAAACCUGAGUUGUCAGCUCAUCCACUGUGGCAAGAAGGCCAAGCACUACGUAACGUAUGAUGCUAUAUAUGUGUGCGGGUGUUGCAAGAAGCUAAAGUACUUCGAUGGAGAGACAGUUCCGCUUGUCGACCCUGAAGAAAUCCAGAAAUCUUUAGACUACGUCAAAUUCAACCUUGAAGGAAUAAAUGAACCCGGAUUUAAUGACAGAUGGGAUGGACUCCAAGACUUUAUUGACAACUUCGAACAAAGAGUAGUCCAAGGUGAAGCAAGGCUCAAAGAGUUGGUAGACAACCUACUUUGGACAAAGAUGCAGGAACUUGAAACCCAAAUUGAUUCUCUUGUUCAGGAGUUCAAUUCUAGCGAAUUAUUCAGGACAUUCCUUCAUUAUAUCAAUGCGGAGAACAUUAGACAGAGAGCCAAUGGGAUCCUUCCAAGUGAGAUGGCAAUCAAGGAGAACAACCAGCUCAGAAGACAACUUGAAAAGAUGGUUAGAGAAAAGGUUGAACUUCAAAGAAACUGUAGGGACAGAUUGACAGAGCAAGAAAAUAUCAAUGAUGAACUUGUGAGACAGAGAGACCAACUGGCUAAUGACCUAGAGAUCUCUCAAGCCAGAGUCCAAGAACUUGAAACUGUACAACAAAGAGUCAAUGAGCUUGAGAACACGAAUGCUGAGCUUGAUAGAAGCCUUGUGAGACAUCAAACUGAAAGACAAGAACACAUCACCCAGAUUGACCAUCUAAAGAACAUCUAUGAUAAGCUUACCCAGAAUAUUUCAAAAGAAGUAGAUGCUCUUAAAAAGACUCAAAAGAAAAACCAUAAAGCCACCACACAAAAUAUACAAACACUUAAAGAAAAUAUUCAAGCUGAUCAAGCUAAAUUGAAAGAAGAAUUCAAAGCAUCUCAAGAAGAAACCAAAGAAUCAGAAGAUAAUUCUCCUCCAAAAAAGAAGUCUCUUCUGGAAGCAGAGAUGGAGAAAAACCCUAAAUGUCGCGAAUUUGCGAAGAAGAUGGCUUCUUCUAAAAGUUUUAAUUUUGAUUUGAGAAAUAAAGUGGGCCUGAAAGUUAUGGAAUUAGCGGAUGCGAAGGAAUUAUCACAUUUGGAAGAAAUUAGAUUGGUUAAUGUUGGCUGAGUUGAUGAAAAAACUUUCCAUAACUUCACUUCCAAAAUCCCGCACGGCCUCAAAGAUUUAGCGUUAAACUUUUCCCCAAAUGGGUACUCCGCUGGAAGUAUAACUGCAUACCUACCUUCGAUCCUUCCCCUCCAGUCCAAACUUACUGGAAAAAUAUGUUUUGACUGAACCAAGAUUUCUGAGUCAGAGGAGGCACAGAUCGGAAAGGCUUUCAAGCACAUUAAGGUUGAAUACUAUAAUCCUAUCAACGUAGACUCAGAUUAUUAGUGGAAGAGAAAGUAGAGAUUGCUAAGGGUUCAACUGUGA